UGUAAGCGGAAGUAGAGAGAGUAGAUAAAAGUAUUGCAAACAUUUCUAAGAAUCGACGAGUUGUUGUUUCAAAUUGUUUUCUACUGUAAUUUAACUAAUCCGACGAUAUGGAUACGGCUGUAGAACCAAACAUCUGUCAAAUUUUGUCAGACGGAAAUGUGGUUGGAACUGGGUGUCUGAUUCGCACCCAAGAAGAUCUGAAAUCCACUACUUUGAAAGUUGCCACUUCGAAAAAGCUCUUUCAAAACUAUCCAAAUGGAAAACUGGUUGCAUCGUUUCGAAAUUUAUAUGGAAAACCAUGGAAUGUAGAGCUUGGUAGUGAUUUGGAUAAAGAUUAUAUGAAUCGUGAAAUUGCAGUUGUCCCAGUAGAAAAGCCCAGCUGGCAACUUAAGGAAACGGCUAAUCUCGAAGGAGUACCACUUAUAAAUCAAAAUAACAUCGACGAAGAGAGGAUGUUUUCUAAUGCCUUUGUUGUGAAGAAGUCUUCGUCAACACAAAAGCUUCAAAUCUACAAAUUUUGGUUUAAGACUGAGGACUGUUUGAUGGACAGCGGAUAUACAGAGGAGCCUGUGUUGAUCGAAAGUUUGAAGAGAUGUGCUUCGUAUGGCCUCGCUGUACAAGGAGCUCCUGUCAUUAGCCAAAACUCUAAGUUCCUUGGAAUUGUCGAUUUCUCUAACAAAGAUGGUCCUCCAUUUUUUCUGCCAUUUCUUCAGUUCAUGUCUCAAAGUGAUCUCCCAAAGCCUACUCAAGAGACACAAAAAUCCGCAACAGCAAAGGAGGACGAUAGGCUUUUACCAGAUGAUAAUCUCGAAACAUUGUGGGAAAACCAAAACUUCAUUUACGAUCUGUGCAAAGCCCUUGACCCGGUACAUUCGCCUCGUUCAAAACUCAAAGACCAUCGUAAUCUCGCAAUGGAGUUUCCUAUCCAUGCAGAUAUUCGAAAAAAGAUCGCUGGCUCAGAAAUAAGUCCAUCCGAGAAUCUGUUUAAGUGUCUCGAAAGCAUUUAUCCAAACCUUCUGAUCAAACACCUUUGUGACAGGCUUACCUUGGCGAAGAAUGCUCCUCAAUCUCUAAGAACAAUUCAAUCAGCCAUCAAAGAUGGGAAAAUAUGCCAGACAGACUAUGUUUCAGAUCUAGAAAACAAGAACAACGCACUCAAAGGCAAACUAAUCUUACAACUUGAUUAUAAUGAUUCUUGGAAAGGACUUGCAAAAGCAUUUAAUAUUAGUGAGAGAAAGUGUUCUACUUUUUUGAGAGACCCAAAAUUCAACCCAACUCGCACUUUCUUUGAUAUUUUGCGAACUCAGUCUCCUCGUCUAAAGGUAUCAAAGUUAAAGAUAUUUCUAGGAGACCUUGGGGAAAACAGUUUUUUGGAAGAAUUAAAAAGCAUACCAGAAAAAAACUUUCUGAAAGACCUGCCUUCGGAAGCAGAAUUAAUGUGUGAUGUGAUUGAGCCCAAACUCAAUGCAACUCACAACAACCUCCUGUAUAAACUGGCAGAAAAGUUCCAAAAACAAGGCUAUAUCAGUGACGACGUCGAUAUCCUGGACUUCCAAGCAUCAGAAUGUCCUGAGAGUCCAACUAAUAAAUUGAUAGACUACGUUCUCACCAGCCUAGAGAAGGAAUACAAAAUACAAGAUCUAAAGAAUGGCUUGGCAAAUAUAGGACGCGCUGAUUGUAUUCACAUUUUGGCAAAAUAUGUCAAAGGAUUUGAUGAUGAACUGGAAAAGAAUGAACAACUGCAAACCUUCAACAGAGCAUCACUACCAGUGGAAAGAGCUAUCAGUGUCAUUGAUGAAAAUCAAAAUACAAAUUCAGCGGAUCUAAAUCAAGGAGCUGCAGGGUUUGGAAUGGGUGGGUCUGGAAUGCCACCUGACGACAUGCGUAGUAGAGGUCCUACUCGUCCAAGUCACACUUACAGUAGUUGUCCCCCUUUCAUGGCUUCCUCUCUGCAUGACAGUGGCACUGAUUUUGGAGGAGAUCAAGAACAGGGGUCUGAAAUAUCAAAAAUAACAAGAGACACGAAAAGUUUGGAUCUAAGCGUCCACACAAAAUCACAAGAACCGCUCAAGGGACGACAAGCUGAAGGAAUUGAUCCAAUAGUGGACCAGAGGAACCUACGUGGUUCUCAAGCUGAAAAACUGAGAAACCCUCGGCCUUUGGACAGCGGAUUCGUCGAAGAUCCACAACUGCAAGAGCGCGUACAAUCCCUAGCGCAAGGAGGUACACCUAGAGGACAAAAUGACCUCGACCUAUCAUCCAUAUCAUCCAUAUCAUCCAUAUCAUCCAUAUCAUCCUAUCAUCCUAUCAUCCUAUCAUCUAUCACAAGUGGGUCUUCAUGUGCAUCAGAUAUACCCGAACAAGACCAAGAAUAGUUUCAGACUUGCAUCACGAAAGUACUUUUAAACGACGAUCGAGCAACAGAUUGCCCAAAUCUGAGACACAGCUCAAAGUAUUUAUGUUGAAGAAGAGUUAGAAGAACGAAGCAAAUAACAAGAAAUGCAUUAAACACGUUAAGUUACAGUCAUUUGUAAAAAUUCUGACGGCUAACAGUAUAUCAUUAUACAAUGCACCAUGGGUAGUUUCAUGUGAUUUUCGCCAUUUCUCGCUAAUCUAUAAUCUAUACUAUUUUAGUAGCUACACAAUUAUAUUACGAAAGUUGACAUACAAAGGCCGGGUUGCUACGAAUAAUUUUCUGCCAAAGAUGUCACCUUCUUUUGAGGCUGCGGCAUGUGGUCUUGUUCAAGUGCUAUAGAAUAUAUAUAUAUAUAGGCCCCUUUAUAAUCCUUGCCAGUUUAGUCCUGCAUUCGGGUCAAAGUCAAAAGCAAACAACACUAAUCAAAGGAAUGAUUUUCUGUUUUUUAGCGCAAUUUUGAUAUCAAGAGAAUAUAGUUAAAAGAUAAGGUUUCUUACAUGGGAAAGUUAUUUUCUUAUUUUUAUUUUUGUUGAUAACGUAGAAACAUGCAGGUGAUAUAUUUAUCUGCUAACUGACCGACGGCGGAAAAUACUUCCAGAAAAGAGAUAGACGUUUUUCUCGUUGCUUACGUUCUUGAUGCACAAUAUUCAAUAUUCUGUGCACAUGCACGCACUACACAUUUACAUAUAUUUACCUUGUGUGUAAUGCAGCGCAGCACGAAGGCAUCUCUCUGAGCGCCUUUGAACUUUAUAUUACUUCAAAUAAUUUCAAUAAAAAGUCUUAUUGAAGAAAAGAAA